AUGAAUCAUUUCAACAGCCAGAAAGCUCUGUUCGUGCAGUUUGCUGAAGUGUUUCCCUUGAAGUUGUUCGGCUACCGGCCUGAUCCCAUGAACUACCAAACAACUGUGGGCUGGUUGGAACUGCUGGCUGGGUUGCUGCUGGCUGUGGGCCCACCGAUGCUACAAGAGAUCAGUAACUUGUUCUUGACCCUGCUCAUGAUGGGGGCUAUCUUCACAUUGGCCUGUCUGAAAGAGUCCCUGAGCACCUGCAUACCUGCCAUCAUGUUCCUGGGGCUUCUGAGGCUGCUGGAUAUCUGCCAGUCCUUAGCCCAAACUAAAAAGGUGUACAGAUACCAUAGGAAGAAGACUCCAUGUGUGUUCAAGAAACCCUGGGAGCAGAGAGUCUCUUCAUGCCAGCUAUGACAGCAGGAACAUGCUGGAACUUACCACCUUAUUACCAUUUUGUCCCUAGUCAUCCAGUGUUAAAAGAAACAUCUGGUCUACCUGGCCCUGAUUUCUCUCUGGAACUAUGCUGCUCUGUUUUGAGGGGUGCAUAUUACACAUAUUAAUAAUCCUCAUGUCAUGUGAAAUGGAAGAUAAGUAGGAAAAAAGUGAAUCACCCAAAUAACCACUUUUCAUACCUUGAUAUAUAAGUGUAUCUCUCUACCUUUCCUAUUCCUUUGUCCAGAUACAUGUUUUUAAAUGAAAGUGAGACAGUUUAAUCUACUUAGUUAUCUACUUUUUAAGCCUGACAUUCUGCCAUUGUUUUACCUUAUUAAUAUUAACGGCUACAUGGUAUUCCAGUCUAGAGGUAUAUAUUGUAUUUACCCCUAGAAGGAACAUUUGGGUUGUCCCCAAUUUCCUGUAAUUGUAAACCUCUCAACAAAUCACCUCUGCAUACUCACUGUAUUUGCGUUCCCUGAAAAUGAAGAUCCUGGUUCACAAGGCAUGGCGGUUCUCAAGGGAAAGUGGGCAACAUGCUAGAGCACCUACUGCCGUAUCAUCAACCGUGUUCACUUUAGUCCAGUGAGGUCCUUAUGGGAAUCUGCUUGCCUCCCACAAGGGAAAAAGUGAAGGAAAACAGUUCAUUUAGCCAUCUGCCUGUAAAUCCUUUGGAGUGGGGACAAUAGAUUUGGGGAACCCGCAGUGGUAAAAGACAUCUAUGUGUAUUACUCCAUUUUGUGUUCACUAUACAAUGGUAAUUCCUGCUCUGUCCGUGGCAAACCUCAAGCAAACUGACACUUAGUUGGCUCUUUUCUUGUGUCUUCAAGCACAGUGAUGCACUUAAUCUACCUAUAACAAGGAUGAAUCAAUCGUAUGUAAGUGCACAUGCCAUAGUCAAAACAAUAAGACUUUUUCUCUCACAUAAACAGAUUCAGAGAUAGCUUAGCUUUAGUUUCAGUGUUGGCUAAUUGGGCUAAUUAAUAAAACCAUUAAGA